AGAAAAGUGAAAAAGAAAAAAAAAAAACUAAAAAUUCUACAGUAAACAAACUUUAUGCAAAAAUUAAUUAAUUUUUUUUCUUUAAGUUAAACACCAUAAAAUCCAUGAAAUUCGAGCUGAAUUUCUUUGAAAGCUGAUUAUUCUUCGUCAAUUAAGCUCUUCAAGUAAAUUCGUCUUUUAAUUUUUUUCAAAAAUCUUUUGUGGAGGUUUAAAUCGAGCUGAAAAGGAGAUCUCGUGAGGUUAAAUUUUUUUUUUUGUUCAUACGAAGGAUCGAACAUCAUCAGUGUGAUGGUAACUAAGAUUCAUCGUAAAGAGAACAAAGAAUCGUCGCUUCCACAAUGCAUUUCGCUAAGCUCGAUGACUCUCCCAUGUUCCGCAAGCAGAUACAAUGCAUGGAGGAAAGCGCGGAGUUGUUACGGGAGAGAAGCUUAAGGUUUUUUAAAGGAUGUCGAAAAUACACUGAAGGACUUGGGGAGGGAUAUGAUGGUGACAUAGCCUUUGCAAAUGCCCUUGAAAUGUUUGGUGGAGGCCAUAAUGACAAUAUUAGUGUGGCUUUUGGAGGGCCUGUUAUGACCAAGUUUACCAUAGCAUUGAGAGAAAUUGGGACAUACAAGGAAAUCCUUCGAUCUCAGGUUGAAACCGAGCUAAAUGAAAGAUUAGUGCAGUUUGUUGAUACUGAUUUACUUGAGGUCAAGGAAGCACGUAAGCGCUUCGACAAGGCUAGUCUCAUUUAUGACCAGGCUCGGGAAAAGUUUCUUUCACUGAGGAAAAGUACGAAGAGUGAUAUUGCCAAUGUUUUGGAAGAGGAACUUCAUAAUGCGAGGUCGACAUUUGAGCAAGCUCGUUUCAAUCUAGUAACUGCUCUUUCAACUGUUGAAGCAAAAAAGAGAUUUGAGUUUCUGGAAGCAGUCAGUGGGACUAUGGAUGCACAUCGUCGUUACUUCAAACAGGGUUACGAAUUAUUGCAUCAAAUGGAGCCAUAUAUUAAUCAGGUCUUGACUUAUGCACGACAAUCAAGAGAAAGAUCAAACUAUGAGCAGGCAGCUUUAAAUGAAAGAAUGCAGGAGUACAAAAGGCAGGUUGCCAGAGAGAGUAGAUGGUCUUCUAAUGGUUCUCCUAACGGAGAUGGUAUACAAGCAAUAGGUAGAAGUUCACAUAAAAUGAUAGAGGCAGUUAUGCAGUCUGCUGCAAAGGGAAAGGUUCAAACUAUUCGACAAGGCUAUCUCUCAAAACGUUCGUCAAACUUAAGAGGAGACUGGAAAAGAAGAUUUUUUGUCCUUGAUAGCCGAGGAAUGCUGUAUUACUACCGCAAGCAGAUUAGUAAAUCAUCUGGGUCUGGCAGCCACCUUUCCGGUCAGAGAAAUAACUCUGAUCUUGGAUCUGGAUUAUUGGGUCGGUGGCUUUCUUCUCAUAAUCAUGGUGGCGUACAUGAUGAAAAAUCCGUUGCCCAUCACACUGUGAACCUGCUUACAUCAACUAUUAAAGUUGACGCUGACCAGUCAGAUUUGAGAUUUUGUUUUAGGAUAAUUUCUCCAACAAAGAAUUACACUUUGCAGGCAGAGAGUGCACUAGAUCAGAUGGAUUGGAUUGAGAAAAUAACUGGGGUUAUUGCUUCAUUACUUAAUUCUCAGGCUCCUGAGAGGUGUCUUUCUUCUAGUCCCAUGGGAAGUGGUCAUCAUCGAUCUACCAGUGAGAGUUCGUUUGAAAGUUCUGAUUUUGAUCAUACUGCUGGUGAAGAAUAUACCUCUGAGAGAAACCUUGUUAAUGCACAUAAUGAACACCAAUCAAAAGCUUCACAACAUCUAAGGUCCUCUAUAAAAAUCGAAAAGCCAAUUGAUGUACUGCGAAGAGUAUGUGGCAAUGAUAAAUGUGCAGAUUGUGGUGCCCCUGAACCCGAUUGGGCAUCUUUGAAUCUGGGUGUUCUUGUUUGUAUUGAAUGUUCCGGUGUUCACCGUAAUCUCGGUGUUCACAUAUCAAAGGUUCGAUCACUUACUCUUGAUGUAAAAGUAUGGGAGCCCUCUGUUAUAGGUUUGUUUCAAUCUCUCGGCAAUACCUUUGCUAACUCAGUUUGGGAGGAAUUUUUGCAGUCAAGAAGUGCUCUCCAUGUCGAUCUCACCCUUACGGGCUUUUACAAGUCUGAUAAACUGCAGUUGCUUCUUACGGGCAAGCCUUGUCAUACUGAUUCUAUAUCUGCAAAGGAGAAGUUCAUUCAUGCAAAGUACGCAGAAAAGCUUUUCGUUCGCAAGCCUAAAGACAAGCAACAUCCUAAUCCCGUGGCACAACAGAUUUGGGAGGGUGUUCGUGCCAAUGACAAGAAGGCUGUAUACCGUUAUAUUGUUAGUUGUGAAGCAGAUAUAAAUGCAGUGUACGAACAAUCUCCCGGGCCUUCAUUAACCCUUGCCAAAGCGCUGCUACUGCAAGAACAUGCGAAUGCUGAUAACAGCUCCAGUUACAUAGCAGCAGAUUCAUCUGAUAGAUCCUCUGCUAGCUCAUUCAACUUGCUGGGAACCAGUGAGAGCCAAAUCACAGACGAUUUUGAUGGUUGCACCCUACUUCACCUUGCCUGUGAAACUGCUGACAUUGGCAUGCUUGAACUUCUAUUACAAUGUGGAGCAAAUAUAAAUGCAAUGGAUUCAAGAAGUCAAACGCCACUUCAUCGAUGUAUUCACCGAGGCAAAACGGCAUUUGCUAAAUUACUACUUACCAGGGGAGCGGAUCCACAUGCGAUAAAUAGGGAAGGGAAAACCCCUCUUAAACUUGCAGUAGAAUCUGAUAUCAGUGACAGUGAGGUCCUUGCUUUAUUAGCAGACGCCAACCGGUAAAUUCCCCGAAAAAAAGAAAGUAAGUACGACUCGAACCUGAAGUGUGGAAUUUGAAAAUCGUAUUCGUUUUUAUUUUUUGUGUGUGUGUAAUUUACUAAAUCUAUGGAUGUCAGUAGUGUUUGGUUUGAUGGGGGAUUUUAGAGGAGAGUGAAAAUGGAAUGUGGUAAAGGCAAUGGCAUGCAAUGUGUUUUGUGUUUGCUAGUUUUGUUCCUUUUCAUGGUGGGAGCUGUUGAGUUGAGGAUUAGAUUUUAGGGCAAUUCUGUGUUCUUACAUUUGUUUUAUUCAGAUGCUUUGUUCUGCA